UCACGUCUCCCCCUUUUCAGGGUCUGCUGCACCCACUCCUCCAGUAUUUGUUGACGUCAUUUGAGGAUUUAUUUUUAGACGGAAGCUGUUGAGAUCGGGUUCUAUGGGAGGCCCUGGUCUAUGGAGCAGAGGAAGGUCCUUUUCCAGUGGAUGCAGAGGUGGGGGUUGAACACCUAUCUGUACGGUCCUAAAGAUGAUCUGAAACACAGACUACUCUGGAGAGAGGUCUACUCCCCUGAAGAGGAGGGUCAGUUGCGUACUUUGAUAGUAGAGUCAGAGAAGAGAGGUCUGAGGUUCGUGUACUCUCUGUCUCCUGGUCAAGACAUUGUCUUCUCUUCUUCCUGUGACCUCUCCCUGCUUAAACGCAAGCUACGACAGGUGUCAGAGUUGGGUUGCCAGGCGUUUGCGAUCCUUUUUGAUGACAUAGACCACUCCCUGUGUCAGGCUGACAGUCAAGCCUUCUCCUCAUUCGCUCACGCCCAGGUUUCAGUGGCCAAUGAGAUCUACCGAUUCCUGGGAGAACCGCCUGUCUUCCUGUUCUGUCCAACAGAGUACUGUGGAUCUCUGUGUUCUCCCAGUGUAUCUAAGUCUCCAUAUCUGAUGACUGUUGGAGAGGACCUGCUGCAUAACAUCUCUAUCAUAUGGACCGGCAGUAAGGUGAUCUCGAGAGAGCUGAGUGUAGAGGGUCUGUCUGAAGUACAGUCUGUCCUACAGCGCCCCCCACUGGUGUGGGACAACCUGCACGCAAAUGACUACGACUCCAGACGUCUCUUCCUGGGUCCCUUCAAGGGUCGCUACCCCCAGCUUGCCACCCACCUCCGGGGCCUGCUGCUCAACCCCAACUGCGAGUUCGAGGCCAACUACAUACCCCUGCACACGCUGGGGACCUGGUACCGCACUGGGAGGGAGGAGAAGAAGGAGGAGUACCAGUACUGUCCAGAGAUGGCGCUGUCUACUGCACUACACGACUGGAUGGACGAGCUCAGCCAACCACUGCAGCCAGGUCGCCAGAGCAGACAGGCAGACCAGAGGUCUUCGGGUCAAAAGUCGGGGACCCUAGAGAGUGCAAACUGUCAUCCCACCACCACCACCAGAGAAGGUCGCCCCAAACCCCCUAGAGAACCCCCGCAGGGGGACAGCCCUCCCACCUCCAGCCCUGAGGGAGAGGAAGGGGAGGAAGGGGUGAGGAGGGGGGAGGAAGGGGGGAGGAGAGAGGGAGGAGAUGGAGAGGAGAGAGAGAAGAAGCUCCACAACAACCAGUUCCGACAAGGGCCAGGCCAGCCAGGGGGUCCAGGGGGAGUCCCCAGGGAGGCCCAGGGCAGGGUGCUGUGUGGUGGGAAGGCUCCUUUAAGCGAGUCCCAGAUCCGGCUGCUGGUAGGUCUCCACUACCUUCCCCAUGAGCACGGCCCGUCAGCCCAGAGACUGUUACAGGACCUCACCUGGCUCAAAGCACACUGCCACCUGGUCAGCGCUAACGACAAGAAGGGACCGCAGCAGAAGGCGGAGGAGUGGCGUGGCCGAGCGGCCGGGUUCCUAGGUGUGUGUGAGGAGAUUGCUGUGCUGCACAGUAGUGUGGUGAGUGGAGUGAGCAGGGCCGUGCUGUAUGACCUUUACCCUUACGUAUGGGACCUCAGAAACACCGCACUGGUGGCCAAGGCCUUCAUCUGCUGGCUUGAUGGGCGUGUGUUGAGUGACAGCUCUCCGUUGGGUUCCUGGAGGAACUGCUUCCACUGGUGCGGGACGACCACGGGGGCGGAGUUACUGGGGGUGGAGUCAGAACCAUGGGUGUUCAAAGGGGGAGUGUCCGGAGAGGUGCAGAUGCUUCUCCCUAUAGGCAGUAACAGUGAACUGUUCAGCCACCCUCCUCCUCUCUUCCCCACCUCACGACUGUACAACAUACGACCCUACCACAACAAGGACAAGGUGGAGCUGUAUCGUAUGGUGCGCCAGCUUCAACAGGGAACCCAGGGGAGCCCUGAUUCCAGCCCAGCACAUCCUGACCUCAUUGGAGACAGGUGUCUGGGGCCCUGCCUUGCUCUGUGUCCUGAGUACAGCAUGGUGCUGGAGGAUGAGCUGGGUGUGUGUGGGUGUGUGUUGGGCAUCGUAGAUGUUCGUUCCUUCGCCAAGCGCUGCCAGGCCUGCUGGAUGCCCGCCAUGAGAGAUAAAUACCCACCUCGCACCGGACACGCCAACUCACAGGAGGUGUUGCAGCAGAUAGAGGGGGACCAGGGGGAAUACCCAGACUCUCUUCUCUACCACUUUCCCUCCCAGCUCCGUCUGGACGCUUUGCCUGACCUGGUGGACGUCAGUGUGACCCGCUGCCUGCUAACCUCACUACUCACUGCACUUAAAGCCAAUGGUUCUCAGGGUGUGUUCUGUGAGGUGCAGCCUACAGAUCGUAUGAGGCUGGACUUCCUGACUAAACUAGGCUUCCUGGAGAUCAUCAGAGGAGAGGCACGACACAGAGAGGGAGUGGUACUGGGCAGGCUGCUCUGAACACACACACAUGCGCACACGCUCACACACACAUUGAAAUGUACACACAAGGGGUGUAAUGGUUCACCAAACCCACGGUUCGGUGUAUAUAUUGCAGUUUUGGGGUCACAGUUCGGUUACGGUACAGCGGGAAAAUUAAAUGCCAACAGUUAGCCUACUGUAGUUACUUUAUUUUUAUUUAAGAAAAUACAAGGUGUUGGUAUUCCUGAUUGUGAAAACACACAAUUACUCAUCAAAACAACAUUAAAAUAAAGUGCAAUAUGCGUGUGAAAUCAAUGUGUAAACAUGGCUCAGACAUUGUAUAGGCCUAAGCUAUAAUGUUUUUCUUACAAAGAGAAAAAGAUGUGCACUUGUGUGACUCUCAUAAAGGGGGCACUUCUCAUCUCCCACUCCGAGGUAAUGUGAUGGGCUGUCACUGUUAAGUAGCUCUGUAGCCCUGGAGAUCCAUUCAUCUCUAGUAAGCACAACACAGGGUGAAUUGGCCAAUUCAUUGACAACUUCGACUUUGGCUUGCUGAUAUUAUAUACAGCAGGUUCUACCUGUUUGCUGAAAUGGGUGCGAGAGGGAAGUUAGUAACGUGGCGCAAGCACUUUCACAAGGUGCUGAUACCCCCUAUUCUCAACCACGAGAAUGGGUGCAUAUCCACGCUAUAAACGCCUAUCGCUCUUGUAAUUUCUUUGGCCCGGUCAUAUCAGCUGUGAAGGGAUGCUUGAAUGCAGAGGGGAGAUGAUGUUGUGUUGUUUCCUUGUGUUGCCAGUCUUGCUCCAGUGGUAGGAAUACUGGGGUGAUUUCGUUGUGAAUGUGUCAACAUGUUUGAGGUGUUGGCAGCUGCAUAGGCUAUUCUCUUUGAGCAGUGGCGACAUACUGUUAACGUUUUAUCCACAACUUUCUGUCCAUCGCCGUUGUAAUCUACUGGGGAGCCAAAACGUUUCCCAAACUAGAGAUAAACGAUGAUGGCGCUUCCUCCUGGUUGAUCGACCCCACCACUCGCCAUUGUACACAACUAGUUCCCUGCUGAGCCUCACAAAAGGACAGUUUUGAAAUGCACCAAUUAAGAUCUGAAAUGUGAUUACAACGUGCGCAUAGGCUGUAGUUGUUUUAAGGGAAUAGCCUGAAAUGUUUUUUCAGUACAGGUUUACUCGAGGCAUACAUCGCAGCGUAGGCAUAGCCUAUUUAUUUAUUUUUAAUACAAAAUAGUGUAUUAAUUCGGGUUCACAGUGCGAACCGAGGUCCCUGUACCGCCACCGUUACACCCCUAAUAUUUUAUAUACACACCCAUGCAUGCACGCACACACACAGCGCAUGCGCAAAAACACACAAAUAUAUUCCUAUACACACACAUAUUAAUAUGCGCACUAAUAAACACUGUGUAGUACAAAAGGAACAAUAGAACAACAUAACUACUGUAAGCUUAAUCACACACAGGUGAUACAGGGUUAUGGAUGACACAGUGCUGUCUGCGCGCACACACACACCCACACACACACACACGAAAACACAUGAAAAGACAUGAAAAGACAGAAGGCAAACAUUCACAAGAACACACAUACGAACACACACAAAUACGAACACAGAUGAACACACGCAAGGCUGAGAGUUAUAUGGAUGAUGGAGAUGGACACAAAACCAAUAUGUGCAUCAGAUGGCUUGCACACACAGACACAGACAGACACACACACACACACUGAUAAAUCCCACUCAGCGUAGGACAUAUACAUAUAGCAUCAAACCCACACUACUGUAUAUAGCAUCAUUCACCACGUCUUUUUCUUUCUAUCUUCUAGAAGCACAAGAACAACAAUACAUCCGUCAAACGUUUUAUACCUGAGGCAACCUCUGCAUGCCUUCACUAGAAACCAAGAAUGUUAUUUUCUAUUGAGGAGACUUGGGCUGGGGAUUCAAUCCGAUCCCGCUUGUAGACAAUGCAGCUUUUAAAGGUAAUAUCCCCGCGUUUGCAGAGAUCGCAUUCAAGGGAUUUGGCACUGACCCUGGAACUGACUCUGUACAUAGCUUUCUUACUUUCUUGUGUGUUUUUGUUCUACUUCGACUUUUUUUUUAUAGUACUACUGAUAUUGAUUACUGCAUUGUGGGAAAAGAGCAAUCAAGAAAGGUAUUUCACUGUACUUGGACAGUCAGAUUUCUUCUCUCGAUCUCUUCCUAACCAUUUGUCUCCUAUCUGUGUGACUACUUUUCUAGAACAGCACCACUUACUAUUCAUUGUCCUUUGUAUCACUGUCUCUGUCCCAAAUGACACCCUAUUCCCUAUUUAGUGCACUAUGGUCAAAAGUAGUGCACUAUAUAGGGAAUAGGGUGCCAUUGGGACAGCCUUUGUCUUUGUCUCACUAUGCUUGCUUCGGCGGCCAAUGGUUGUUUUGUAAUGAGGUCUGUUGUUAGAUGUAGAUAGCCGGGAUUCAAUCCUUUUAAAGGCAAUGUUGCAAGAGAUCGCAUUCACGGUAAACGCUGCAGAGGUUGGCUCAAUGGGAAAUUGCCUUUAAAUGUAAAGUGUGCUACAACGCGGUUUCGGAUUGAACCCCGGCCUAACUGUUCAUUCAGGGUGCGUGAGGGUUAAACUAUCAUGUUACUGUGUAGAAAGAAGUUUACGUGUUUACAAAUUACUGCAGUAAUACCAAUGUUUUAAAAUGUAACAUUUUAUGAAAAUAUUUUUUGUCUCGACACUAUUAAAAUAUUUUCCCCUCCUUUC